AUGUCAGCACAAAUAACCGUAAAGAAACGUAAAUGGACCCGACGAGUCACCACCCUGCGAAACCAAGUGGAGAGACUCAAGAACACUGUUUACAGAUACAAAAAAGACUUGGAAAAGUUGCAAAACCUGCGGAAAGAAGAUGAUGUCACAAAUUUUCUUAACAUCCGUGAACAAGCAAAGGAAAAGAACAUGUCGGCUAUGUUUCUAGUCGACCAAGUAAAGAACUACCACAAGAAAAGCCCAAGGUGGACAGAACAUACCAUCCGUCACUGCAUUUUGCUGAGACACAUUUCUACAAAGGCCUAUGAACACAUAAGGUCUGAAGAGCUUUUUAGACUUCCCAGCAGGAACACUCUGCAAAGCUACAUUGGAGCUGCCUCAGGUCAAACUGGCUUCAGCGACUUGGCGAAGGCUCGGCUUCAAACAGAACUGCACAACCUGGCAAACACACAAUCAAGGACAUGCUCUCUCAUUAUUGAUGAAAUGCAGAUCAAACGGAGCUUGCAGUACAACAAGCAGCAGGAUGUCUUUGUGGGCCAAGUGGACCUGGGACCAUUGACUGAAAAGACCAAGCAGCCCAUCCUGGCAAAUUCGCUGCUGUGCUUUCUCAUGAAUGGGCUCAGCAUUCCAUACCGGAUCCCUGUUGCCUACUUUUUUACCAAAGGGUUAAGAGGGACCGAACUGGCCAAGCUUCUGCUUCAUGUCUUGGGCGAGGUGAAGACGUUGGCUUCAAAGUACUCCGUAUUGUAA